UCCCCUACCGCCAGGUCUCGCUGAGAAAGCGGAGCCGAGCCAGCCCCGGAGGGGAAGCGCCUGUCCCCGGACAAGGGGCUGCCAGGAGCAGGCAGCGCCCCAGCGGGAGCCGAUUCCCGCCUCUCCUCGUCUCGCCUCGCCGCGCCGCCCGGAGCCGAAGGCGCCCGGAGGGCAAAGUUGUGUGCGGGGCCGGCGCGAUGCCGGGGCGCGGCGCGCUCUGCCUGGGGCUGCUGCUGCACGUCCUGCUGGGCUGCGGCUCGGCGCAGCAGCCCGGCAGCUGCCCGGACCUCUGCAAGUGCUCGGAGCCGGCCAAGACAGUGAAGUGCGUGAACAGGAACCUUGCGGCGGUACCGCCCGACCUGCCGCCCUACGUGCGCAACCUCUUCCUCACCGGCAACCGCCUAGCCCGCCUGCCGCCCGGCGCCUUCCCCGCCCAGCGCCUGCCCGACCUCAGCGCCCUCAACCUCAGCGGCAACCACCUGCGGACCGUGGAGGCAGGCGCCCUUGCCCUGCCCGCCCUGCGGCAGCUGGAUCUCAGCGGCAACCCCUUGCUGUCCCUCAGCCCGCACGCCUUUGGGGAGGGCGGGAGCCCUCUGGAGGAGCUGUCCCUCCGUGGGGCCCUGCGUGACCACGGCGUCCUCCUCAGCCUGGCCACCAUGCUGCAGUCCGGGACACUGCGCAACCUCAGCCGCCUGGAGCUGGCGGACAACGGGUUGCUUCUGCUGCCCCCCGGCAUGUUCACGGCCCUGCCCGCCCUGCAGCAGCUGGACCUCAGCAACAACUCCCUGGUGGGCCUGGGAAACGUCUCCUUCCAGGGGCUGAGCCAGCUGCAGAGCCUCAACCUCAGCGACAACUCCCUGGGCAUUCUGAGGAACGACACCCUGGCCCAGUUCCGUGGCCUGCCCGCCCUUCGGCGCAUCAGCCUGGGCCGCAAUGCCUGGGUCUGCGACUGCACCAUCGAGGACCUGGUGGCCUGGCUCAAGGAGAGUGAUCAGGUGGAGGGCAAAGAAGCCCUGACCUGUGCCUAUCCCGACAAGAUGCUGGGCAAAGCCCUGCUGAAGAUCAGCAGCUUGGACCUGAACUGCUCUGUGCCCAUAGACCUGCCUUCCCAGCUACAGACUUCGUAUGUCUUCCUAGGGAUAGUCUUGGCUCUCAUCGGGGCCAUUUUCCUCCUGGUUUUGUAUUUGAACCGAAAAGGAAUCAAAAAGUGGAUGCAUAACAUCAGGGAUGCCUGUAGGGAUCACAUGGAAGGCUACCACUACAGAUACGAGAUCAAUGCAGACCCCAGGUUAACAAACCUCAGCACCAACUCAGAUGUCUGACAAAGCGCCGAGGGCACGGGGCAGCGCACAGUAGCUAUGCAUGAAAAGUAGACUUACGCUUUACCCUCAUGCUUGGUUCCCUCUCCACAGAGAAAUCUCAAGACGUGCGUGUAACCUGAGGGGGACAUGCCUUCCUGUGCUGUCGAGUUCAUUUUUGUUUUGCGAUGCUGGGCAGCUGCACAUGGCGUUGGACUGUCCGUAGGAAAGAAGCUGCUACUUCUUUUUCCCCCUUAGCCAUUAUAUUUGUGGGAAAUUCUUUUUCAAGAUGUCAAAGAAAAAAGGAUUCUCUCUGGUGCUUCAAAGCCACCAGAGUUUUAUUAAAACGUUACUGAUGCAGACACCAUUCAACAAAAGCUGUCUCAACUUUUUGGGGAAAAAAAUGUUAUGUUUCUCUGUGCCAAUUUUGAUGUUGUAUAUCCAAAUUGUGAUGACAAUGGUUUCAUUUCAUAGGCUACAUUAAGAUUUAAAAAAAAAAA